GAGAGGGGCUUUCGCUUCUCCUUUCUCUACUUCUCCCGACUGAGAGCUUCUUUCAACCCCGGUUCACUCCCAUGGAAGGGAGCACUCGGAAUCCUUCCAGGGUGGAGGGCUCCGCCCGCGCGGACGCUCGCCCCGCCGACUGGAGGUCCGACCUCAACGCCGAGUCGCGGCAGAGGGUCGUCGGCAAGAUAAUCAGCUCUCUAAAGAAACACUUCCCACCAGGUGCUUCUGAGGGUCUAAGUGAUUUUCAGAAACUUGCUGUUCGAUUUGAGCAAAAGGUUUACGCUGCAGCUACUAGCCAGAUAAAGUGGCCAGGGUUUGCUGAUAAUUUUGUACGUACAAUAUGCAUGACAAAUGCUCAUGUUAAGGUGACUGAUUAA